GAUGACGAUCGAUUAUUUGCUUUUCUGGUUCCAUACGUGUUUCAAAAACUUGAUGUUGAAGCGGGUGCUAGUGCCUCGGUAUUCAGCGUUGUAUGUGCACAUAUUGAUGCUCGUCAAAUUAUGCAGUUAAUGGGGGAGAUUGUCAGGGAAAAUGUGACAUUGUUCCGAAAGGAUUCGUUCGCUCAGAUUGUUUCCGCUUCAUUAGAUUGGCCAACCACUGCACAGUGGGCCUUUUGGCAUUUGGUACACGCCGAAGGUAUCCCUGGGGAAUGGUUAAUCCAGCUUUUGCCAAAAUUGAAGUCAUCACAACACGCUGAAGCCGCAGCGAAUGUGCUACUCAUGUUGAAGCGAGCUGAUCGCGAUCCGAACAUGAACAUGUUACGAGCAUUGUUUUCACGGAUGCCUUCGUCUGAUGACACGUUUACUAUCGAUUGUAUAAAGAUCCUGAUCGAAGACCCAUCAACGUGUAAACGUGUUUCUGACAACGUGGGAAAUCUGCUGAAGAAGCAAAUGGCUGCUGGUGAUUUGCAUAUUGGAGGGGGUAACAAAGGAGCAUCGAAGAAAAGUCCACAGAAGUUAUCCAUGGAACAGGUAAUCUUGAGUUUAGCUGCUGAGGUUAUGAGUAUUAUUAUCUGGGACCCUAUGCUAUUUUUCCCUCAAAGAGACCUCCCUUUUCGCCUGAUGCACUCCCCUGAAGACUUUGAGAAGCUACCACAGAGGAGGAUGGCGGGUCUUUCAUCCCCAAUAGCCCCGAUACUUCCGUUUAAAAUGGAAGAUCUCCCUCAACGCAAGUGCUGGUGA